UUGUUAAAGCUACUCUUUAAGUUUUGUCAUAACUGCGUCUCACCAGUCACCACCAUACAACAUACAUACGAAAAAAGCACAAAAAUGCUGCACCUGCGUGGCCAAACCCUAAAGCCCUUUUUCCGAUCAAUUUCCACCACCGCCGCGGGCGGCUCCGCCGUAAAAUCUCAUCACAACGAUGACAAGAACAACCACGGGUUCCUUCCAGCAAACAAGCACCUUAAUUCAUGGACAGAACCUAAAGAUCCUAAAGAAGCUGAAGCUAAGCUCGCGUUUUUACGACGCGAAUACGCGAAGAAAGUGAGGGAAUUUAGGAAAGAGUACAUACAUGAAAUGGAGAUGCAGAGGAUUGAGAAAAUGAGGAAAGACGAAGCGAAAAAGGAAGCGCAAAGGAUUGCUAAUGAAGAGAGGAAAGUUGCUAAAGCUGCUGAGAAGAAAGCUAAAGCUAUGGAAAGAGAAGCUGCUCAACAAGAGUUCCGCAAAACCCUGCUUAAAGAAAGACAGGGAAAGCUUGAAUACUGGAGGAUGAGGGAAAAGAACUUCUCAGAGAAGAAGAAAGAGAAACAAGAUCUUCUUCGACGGCAAAGUUCCAUGUGGAUUGAUGAAAAAGAGUUGGAGAAAAAAGCACUUGAGGCUAUCGUUGAUACUAUUCAACUUUGAAUUGUUAUUCUUCCUCAAACGAUUUUGGUCGACUGUUGUUGGUAGCACUGUUUUGAAUAAAUUCCAAGAUUUUGGACAAGAGGAAAGCUGCUGAUUCUGACAAAAAGACUGAAAAUUCGAAAAAGAAAUCUGCUGCUACCAAGGCCUCUACAUGAACUUUAGUCCUUUGGUUUAUCCCCUAUUUUGUUUCUAGGAUAGAGUUGUAGGAUUUGAACCCCAUUUUGGGUGACAAUUCUGUAACUGCAUUACAACUCCAAUGGCAUAGAAUGAUGAAAGGAGAUGUUUUUACUCAUUUGUUUCACUUGAAUUAGUCAAACUUCCUGAAUAGCUUGUUGGGAUUAUGGAACAUUUGAAGAAAUUUUGUCAUAAUCUUGAUUUUUAAUUUCAUGAACUACAGGUUUGGUAAUUGAAA